ACAGGCGGGGCGGCGCGCGCGCUCCCGGCCGCGGUGUCGCGGUUGCGCCCCGCCCGUCGCCGCCGCCGCCAUGGACAGCGACGAGGAGACGCUGGAAGAGACCGUGGAAGGACAUCUAGACGACGAUGGGUUGCCGCAUGGAUUCUGUACGGUCACGUAUUCGUCCACGGAUAGGUUUGAGGGAAACUUUGUUCACGGAGAAAAGAAUGGCCGUGGCAAGUUCUUCUUCUUUGAUGGAAGCACCCUGGAAGGGUACUACGUUGACGAUGCCCUGCAGGGCCAGGGAAUUUACACGUACGAGGACGGAGUGGUGCUUCACGGCACAUACGUGGAUGGAGAGCUGAACGGCCCAGCGCAGGAGUAUGACAGCGAUGGGCGACUGAUAUUCAAAGGGCAGUAUAAGGACAACAUCCGACAUGGAGUUUGUUGGAUAUAUUACCCGGACGGAGGCAGCCUCGUAGGAGAAGUGAAUGAAGAAGGAGAGAUGACUGGAGAGAAGAUAGCUUACGUGUACCCUGAUGGAAGGACUGCGUAUUCCGGAAAGUUCAUAGAUGGAGAAAUGAUAGAAGCCAAACUGGCAACUCUGACGUCCUUAGAGGAUGGGAAACCUCAGUUUGAAGUCGUACCAGGCAGCCCGGUGUACAGUUUUGACAAAUCUACUUCAUCCUGCAUUUCUACAAACGCUCUUCUUCCCGAUCCUUACGAGUCAGAGAGGGUGUACGUCGAUGUCUCUCUCAUUUCCAGUGCUGGAGAAGGAUUGUUUUCCAAAAUCGCGGCAGAAGCUCGUACCGUUAUGUCCUUCUACAACGGAGUGAGAAUUACACACCAGGAGGUAGACAGCAGAGACUGGGCCCUCAAUGGGAAUACAAUAUCCCUGGACGACGAAACAGUCAUAGACGUGCCGGAGCCCUACAACCACGCCGCCAAGUACUGUGCCUCGCUGGGGCAUAAGGCCAACCAUUCCUUCACUCCUAACUGCAUCUACGACCCGUUUGUUCACCCUCGGUUCGGGCCCAUCAAGUGUAUCCGUACCAUCCGGGCUGUGGAGAAGGACGAAGAAUUGACCGUGGCCUACGGAUACGAUCACAACCCUGCGGGGCAGAACGGGCCGGAAGCACCCGAGUGGUACCAGCUGGAACUGAAAGCUUUCCAGGCCGCCCAGCAGAAGUGAAGCGGAGCCUCCUCAGUUCAGCAAACUCAAAAAGAAACUUGGAUCUAUGCACUACCUUUGUACUGAAAACUGGACAACCAGGGAUUGUUCAUGCCGUUGCAUCAUAACUUUGCAUUCUGUGUUAAGAGAUAAGUUUCUUGCAUACUAACUAGGUUUGACUGUGUUACUCAUAGCAGAUUUAAAAUUAGCUAGCGUCGCACCAGUCUUAUCUGGAGAAAUUAUUUAAUAUUCUAUACGAGACGUGAUAUUCUUUGGUAGCUUCUGCUUUUGCACCAUAUGCAAAGACGCCAAAAGACUAGACAGAAAACUAACAUGGGUAUAUCGUUCACUUUUAGUCGGCAGACUUAGUGUCGCUCUCUAUCGGCCUAGGCAUUAUUGUGCAACUGCAUUUUGCAUAUAUGCCACUUGUGAUGAUAACAGUAAUAUUUUGAUAUUCUCUAAUAGUAGCAUCAUUUUGCCUUUUUAAACCUUUGAUCUGAAUCUUGCAAUAGAGCAGUUUAUUAGCAUCUAGGAGGCUGGGUUUUAACUCCCCUUUCCUCUUGUCUGAACGUUGUUCUUUCUACGAAUCCUCUUUUGCAGGAGAAAAUCCUUUCUAACUAGCGGAAAGGCUUGUACGUGUACGUGAGAGUGCUGUGCGUCAGUCUCUGUGGCUCUCUAAGUAGCAUAGCGACGUGUCCAACCCUAAUAUUUAUCUGGCCUUUGUGGCUGGCUUAUUUUAUUUAAUUUAUGAUUAUGACACGCAAAUGAAGUUGUUCUUUGCACGAAGAUUAUCCGAGAGGAGAAACG